AUGAAAAUGAUUAUUAGAACACCAGUAAGAACAAAAACCAAAUCGUUCAAAGGGGACCAAAUAGAUUUCAAAUUUCCGUCUAACGAGAGCUUGCCAAGAGGAACGUUGGAGGAGUAUCAUUUGAAUAACCAUCAUCUUCUGAACGAUGUUUUGGCUGCAGAAAAUCCACUCACGCAUGAUGAAGACACCAACUCCCAAAUUUUAUCUGAUUAUACUUCUGCCUCCAAUACAAAUACUAAUUCUGGUUACUCAUCGAACGGAUAUUAUUCGUUUGCUAAUAUUUCCGAUAACACAACAUCUUCUCCAUGCGUUAUUGCUAGCCAGAAUGAAGCCGCUAACAGAUUAAUAUGCCCAGAUUCGAAUAAACGCGACUAUUUUGCUUCUCAUGACCUACAGGGCAAUGACUGUCUACAUUACAGUACCUCAAGUGUGGUAAAAAAUCAGCUGCAUUCAAUGGAGGUAAUUCCAGAGGGGAACGCGACGGGCUCAGUGGUAACGCCUUUGCAGACCAUUCCAACGGCGGAAAACGUUUCCUACGAUAUUUCAUUGUCAUCUGUACCUUCGCUACUGCCAAAGGAAACAACAUCUAAAAGCGCAAUUCUGCAACCAAUGCAGGAAGCCAAACCAAAAAUUGAACCAAAAUCAGAAAAACAUACCAAGGUUGAAAAGCUAGCAAGCAAUCCAGUACCGAACCCUAAAAGGAAGCUUGAUAGAGUACCUACCAUAAAACGCGUCGAGUCUUUGAAAUCUUCCAAUUCUAGAUAUAGUUCAAGUAUCAGCAGCAGGUCAACCAGUGCACAUUGCGGUUUAAAGAGAUCAAAGGCUAUUAGAUGCAAAGGUGGUCUCUUGUAUUAUUUCACCUCUUUGGGAAUUAAGAUAAAAAAAAAACUGCGCAGAUUAAGAUCAGUUAUAAGGAAAAGACUGUUUUCAUUUAACGAUCAAAAAGUUACGUCCACUCUGAAUUCCAAAAACUCUAAAUCCAAACUCCAGCAUAAGAAGCUGCUGAAAAAGGGACAGGGAAACUUAGCUACCGGUAACGAUGCCUCCAAUAUUCGCCGAAAGAGGGCGCAAAGAUACGUAUCCAAUUUGCAAAGAUCGAUAUCAUCAAAGUCUUUGGUGCCAGUAUUGGCCCCACAAAAAAUCACUACUCCAUUAAGAAUUGAUACAAAGUUUGAAGCAAAACUGCUCAACUCCGGGGACCUUAAAAUGCAACCAAAGACACCAAAGAGCCCUAUGGCAAGUUAUACUCCAUCGUUAAGAAGAACAAAUUCUUCCAUCAGAAGAGCUGCUUCUAUCUUGACCGCAUCUGCCAGUGUGACACCAGUCAAUAACAGGAACUCCUUCAUUUCUGUAACGGGGAGCAUUAAUCAUGCUGUCACUCGCAACAGUAGCGCUUACUCUAGAUCAAGAUUGGUAAGGUCAAAACCUUCAACAUCGCUGAAUGCUAUUGCUAGGCAACCUUCCAUUGUAGUAGAAAACAAAGUUAUUCCGCUGUCUGUGAAUCGAUAUUCUAUUAAGGAGGAAGAUGAAUAUGUCAUUGACACUAGUUCUAUGAGAGAAUUAUCCCCUGUUAAUAGCGUUUCCUCAUCUGAUUAUGAUAGAAAAUCAUUGGGCAGCCAUUCUAACUAUGCGGAUGCAGUGGAAACAGUAGAAGCAAUGAGCGACAACGAAAUAAAAAGCAACAGUGUCACUCAAGGUUCAACUGAAGAAGACGAGAUUGUUUCUAAUGAGAUGAGUUACAAUUUAAUGAAGCAUUAUUUGAGCACGGUCAUUGCACAAAGAAUCAUGCUCAGAGUGCAAAUCGCUCGCUUACAGGAUCCUAAGAACAAUUCAAUCUAUAUGGAUAAAUCAAUGGAAACAAACUCAACAAUCUACGAAGAUCUGGUCGAUUCUCUAUUGACUGAAUACGAGGCCGACGGCAGCUCCUCCCAAAUACUUGAAAGCUUUUCAGUGAUGGAUGAGGAUGAGGAUGAGGAUGAGGAAGAAGAAGAAGAAGAAGAAGAAGAAGAAGAAGAAGAAGAAGAAGAAGAAGAAGAAAGUUUGUUGGAAGAAGCAGAUGAAUUAGUGGAGUUAAGCCCAACGAGAAACGAAAGAGGAUUGAGUAUAACUUUAAGAUCUCCAUUCGCCAUGCUAAACUCAGCCUACUCAAACAGCAUUUUAUCAUUACCCACUGGAGCAGUCAAAAGAUCAUUAACUCUUCCUGUUGGCAUAAAAAUAUAA